AUGGCGUCGCCACUUCUUGCCUCGCAGGGGAGCUCACAUUUUGCGCUCGACCCGAUCCCGGCGUCGGUGCUCGCUGACAAGGAAGCACGGCGACGUGAUGCUGUAGUCGAGAUGGGAUAUUGUAUGACGGGGUGUGCGGUUCUUGAUGAUGAGGUGCUUCUGGGCGGGUUUGAGCGAGGCAGUGUGGUCGGAGUCAGCGCCGAGGAUGAAGAGAUGGGCGUUCAGCUCGGCCUCCAGACUCUGGCGCAUUCGCUGUGCGACGGGAGAGUCGCCAAAGGGCUCGUCGUUACUCCCAAGCCAAGGAACGUCAUGCUGGCUCGUCUGAGGGAUGCCGUCAAGGCCGAGCUCAAGUCGCAGGGUGUUGGCGGAGAUGCUGCCAAGGCGAAGCUGAGGGAGUGUCUUGAGAGAGUCAUGCUUUCGUGCGUGUUUGAUCUUGACGGUUUGUGGGAGGUGCUGGCGGAUCUCAACAAGCCGGCAGAAGAAGCCGAAGAGGAAGAGAGGCAAGUUGAGGAGAUACAGGACAGUCAAGAUGAUGACGACGAGGCGCUCUCACCAGGGGACAACGGACAGCCGUCAAAGCAACAGACGACGCAACCUGGUAUCAUCGUCGUCACACACUUCUCGUCGCUGCUCACCGGCGUCUUCACUCACCGUGAAAGGUCAGCCGCUCACUCUGUGAUGGAGUUGCUAGGCUCACAUCUGCGCGACCUCUCACGCAACCUAUCAUCGAGCCCUCUGAUAAUGCUCCUGAAUUCGACAUCCUCUUCAUCGGGCCCACCAACGGCGCAGCCAAAGAACACACCCCUGGAUGCAACUCUCCGGUCCAUCUUCCACACACCUCCGCCAGGCCAAGCUUCUCACAGCACGCGUCGCGUAAAGCCCAAUUAUGGCAUCGUCUUUUCGCAGCUGCUCGACCUCCACCUGCUGUGCACCCGCAUCCCACGGACGAUGCAGGAUGCCGAGGCUGCAGUACAGCGGCUUGGAGAAGAGGUCAGAACGGUCUGGGCAGUCGAGGUGUUGCAGGAUGAGAUAGGGGUCUGGAAGGGGACAAGGGGUGCCAGAAAAGGGAGGGAGCAGUUAUGGACGGCAGUAGACGUUGAGCAAGCAAGAGUCGAGCCGGCGUUUGGAUGA